GGCCCACACUUGUCAACAAUAUAGCGUCCUCCAGAAUGCCCAGUGGCAUAUGGAGGAGAGCGGUUUGAUAUUUGUCAUCGCUACGACCAUACGGACCAUCCUCCGGGCCGACGUCGGAUUAAACCCCGGCUCACCGGGCAAGGCCCCCCUACCUGCUCCACUAGGUCCCGCUGAGCGCCCGGAAUAUUCCCCCGGUUCUCCAGAUCAAGCCGGGCUCGUCGUCGACGCAGCCCGGGGUUUUUCCGGCCUCUGCUACAUUACCCUCGUCCCUAAACAACACGAGAGAUGUGGAGUGCCGGCAGUGAAAAUUAAAUCAGUCUACAAUGAUCAUGCCAAUAGCGGAUGCCGGUUCAGACCCGGGUCGGAUGAAGGGGCUUGCUGCGCCGCAUCGCGGGUCUUGGCCGGAGGCCCAAGGGCGGACCAUCACCCGUCUGAACCUAGGUAGACCCAUCAUCGUCAUCGUCAUCAUCAUCAUCAUCAUCAUCAUGAUGAGACCAGCACAGACGACGGCAGCAAGCCGGCCGACCAGCGGCGGCGCAGUGGUGGUGCAUGUCGUCACCCACAGCGACGGCGUCGACCGUCCCGUCGCGGAAGACCACCCGGUUCGGCACAACCGGGGCAGGUUUGUCGAGCGCGGCGGGCGGAUAGUGUGGCGGAAGGAGCCGCGCUUCCGGGGCAGCGGGACGCUGGACGUGCUGGACGAUCCCGUGCGGGACGGGCGGGCGCUGGCGCGGACGGCCGACUGUUUGCCGGGUGAUGAUCAAUGUCAUCGUGGCAGUGGUCGUGGUCGUGGUCGUGACUUGCAAGAGGGGUCGUCGGUACUGAUGAUGAGGAGGAUGGGGAAGGCGGUGGGGAGGUGGGGAGGGUUAGGAGGGGCCGAGGAAGAAGAAGAAGGAGGAGAAGAAGAAGAAGAGACUUUGCGUUACGAAGAGGGCGAGAGGGACGGGGGAUUUACGCUUGGUGAGCUUGCGAGGCUGAGAGGGGAGAAGCCGGCUUACACGGUGAGAAUUGUUAGUACUAAGGGGAAAAGGCGGAGAGAUGGGGCGAAGGGGAUGGAAUCUGCGAGGGGGGGUCAAAAUGUCAGAGUUGAGACGGAGGUGCCGAGGCCGGCGGAAGCUGUGGUUGCGGGCGAGUCCACCGUCUGCCCUCAACAAGAGAUUGAGGCGCAAUCUGAGGUGGGAUCUGAGACUGGCUCGGAGAGCAGCCGAGAAGAUGGCAACUCUCUGCCUGACUUCUCCUGCGAGGAGGCCGACGGCUGGGUUCCGGUCAUGGUGGCUGAAGACGACGAGAGCGACGACUGGAUGUCGCUGACCGGUUCUUGGGUUUGGAUGGGCGAAGGAGGGGAGGUGAAAGAUUGUCUGUGAUAGUUAUGGAACUCAACAUAGAGCAUCAAUGUUGGUAGGCAUGCGAGAUGGUGGUAAGAUGGUCGGAUUUGUCUAGAGGCCGGAUGGACGCUUCCCCUGAUAAAAGCGUGAAGUCCUGGUUCAGACCGUCAGGGGAAAAAAAUCAUCGAGAUACCAAUACACUAGAGGUUCCGUAUCUCCCAAUUUUAACGGCUACCUCCAAUUCCAAGUGGCCAAGCAGUCAAGGGACGUGCUUCUGGUGAUCCGGUCCGGGGCAGGCUGUAACUGAAGC